AAAGAAUUAAACAUGUCUUCCUCUUUAUUAGUUAUACAUCAACAAGUGACACUCUCAAAAUAGCUAUCCGUUAUUUCCACCUUUUUAUUAUUGAAAUCUCCGCUCUUAAUCUUGGUUUCAACGUUAUACUUCUUCAAUAAUUCUCUCUUUUCUUGUUGGUUUUAUUCAAACAUACUUUUUAUAAGAAUUUCAAGUACUUUUUGUUGAAUUCUGGGUGUUUUUGCAUUAUUAAUCCAAUAAAAUCUUUAGCUUCAUUCAUUUCAUCUCGUUGAUCAUGGCUUCAAUGUCUAAUACCAUUCAGUUUUCUCUACAAAGACCACAUUUUUCAUCACCCCACAAACUUGCUAGUAGAAGUGUAACUACUUUAGUUCCUUUCAAAAGUCUUUCAGUUGUUUCAAAUUCCAAAAGUUUUGAUAUUUCACCUGUGGGAUUAUCAAGCAAGCCUUUGGAGUUAUUUAAAUGCAGUCAAGUAUUAAAGCCAAGAAAUAAUGUUGAUGUUUUUAUCACAAAGGCUGCAGCUGCGGCUGAUGCAGAGGGUCAUGAAAUUGAAAUUACUGAUGGGUAUGCUAAACCAACUAAAGACUUUGCUGAAAAAUUUCCAGCUCUAGUUACUGGAUUCUUUUUCUUUACAUGGUACUUUCUGAAUGUGAUCUUCAAUAUACUCAACAAGAAGGUCUACAACUAUUUCCCAUACCCAUACUUUGUUUCAGUUGUACAUCUCCUAGUUGGAGUAACCUAUUGUCUCGUUAGUUGGUCUGUUGGUCUCCCUAAACGUGCACCCAUCGAUAAGGAACUUCUGCUACUGCUCACUCCAGUAGCAUUCUGCCAUGCUCUUGGACAUGUUAUGUCUAAUGUGUCAUUUGCGACUGUUGCUGUAUCCUUCACUCAUACUAUCAAAGCUCUAGAGCCAUUCUUCAGUGCUUCUGCUUCUCAAUUUGUCUUGGGCCACCAGAUCCCUGUCUCACUGUGGUUAUCGCUGGCUCCUGUUGUCAUCGGUGUGUCAAUGGCAUCAUUGACUGAACUAUCAUUCAAUUGGACUGGCUUCAUUAGUGCGAUGAUUUCGAAUAUUGCUUUCACUUACAGAAGUAUCUACUCAAAGAAAGCAAUGACUGGAAUGGACAGCACAAAUAUAUACGCGUAUAUUUCAAUUAUUGCCCUCUUCUUUUGCCUCCCUCCAGCGAUAUUUAUCGAAGGACCCCAACUACUGCAGUAUGGUUUCAAGGAUGCCAUUACUAAAGUAGGCCUUUAUAAGUUCUUAUCUGAUCUCUUUUGGAUAGGGAUGUUCUAUCAUCUGUAUAACCAGAUAGCUACCAACACCUUAGAGCGUGUUGCACCACUCACACAUGCUGUUGGAAAUGUUUUGAAGCGAGUGUUUGUGAUUGGUUUUUCUAUCGUGGUAUUUGGAAACAAGAUAUCGACUCAAACAGGGAUUGGUACUGCAAUAGCCAUUGCAGGUGUUGCUAUCUACUCUUUAAUAAAGGCAAGGAUUGAAGAGCAAAAACGGAAAGCUGCCGUUGCUCAUGCACAAUAGGGACCACUAAAAAAGAAGACAGAAAGAGUGAACGCUGAAAAGCACAAGUCAGCGCAGAGAUGAUCUGAUUAAUGCUAGAGAAUAGUUGCCUCAUCUCAGCUAUGGCAAUCAUGUUAGUCUAUUUAUUUCUUCUGUACAAUUGUUAAGUUGGCCUCAUUUUGUUGGUUUGAAUAUUCACAAGUUAGAUACAAGCUGAUCAAUUCAGCUAGCAGUAAUUCCAGAAAAUAAGAAUCCAGAUCACAUUUCGUUUA